AUGGCGUGCAGCCCCGACCACGCGGUCCCCAAGGCCCCGCGAGGCUCCGCGCAGCCUCUCACCACCUCCUCGCACCCUCCCUCAACCCUCUUCGACGCGCGCAGGCCCACAGCAGCGAACGACGGAACAGCGAUCAUCGCGCCGGCCACCGCGGUGCCGCAAUGGCGCCAAGCUCCCUCCUGGCGGUCUCCAGCCACCGGCGAAAGCCCGCGUCACCUCCCAGCACCGUCACCCAACCUUCCUCGACCCGCGAUCGCCGUAUGCGGUGAAAGAUCGCGCCUUGAUCAUGACGCGGGCCACCACGGUGCAACGACCGCGCCCAGGUCCCUCCUCGCGGUCUGCAGGCCCCGAUGCUGGACCCCAUCACCUCAGCCAACCUUCCUCGACCACGUUCGCCAUCCACGGCGAACGAUCGCGCUCCGGUCGUCAGGCUGGCCGCUGCAGUGGAAUGACCGCGCUGACCGCCCUCCUCGCAGUCUCCAGGCCCCGAUGCUGGCCCGCAUCACCUUCCAGAACCCUCAUCCUACCCUCUUCGACGCGCGUUCACCCUCCGUGGUGAACGACUGCCCUCCGGACCUCCCCUGCAACAUCGAGCGCCGGUCGCUCGACCAGGACCUCCCUCGCACACUCAAACGCAACGCGUUUGAAUGCAAGUUUGCCCAGCACUGCUCGGGCAGUGUAGGUGAGUAA